AUGGAAACCUCAUCAUCAGUACUCGACAGCGCCAUUCAAUUCGUGUCUCCAGCAAGUGUUCUAAAGACAGAGGGCAUUGUGCAGAUCAGCAAUGACCUUUCAAGUUUUACUUUGAAAAAUCUAGGAUCUGGUUUAAACGCAGAACUCGUCCUGGACUAUGGCCGUUGCGAAGGCGGUUUCCCCAUCUUUUUUUUCAUUAUUUCCGCAUCAGCACCAAAAGGCCAGCAACAAAUCGCAUUCCAACUCACUUACAGUGAAACUAUUGAGGGAAUUGAUAACGAGAAUGGCGAUGGUCCAUUUUUCCUUUUCUCAAAUGCUAUGGAUAGCUACAGAGUCUGUCACCACUACGCCGGCGCCACCAACGAUCCUCAGACCAUAAAAUCGAGAUUCACUCAAGCGUCACAGAGGUAUGAGAAAAUUACUUUGAUAGAACCAAACACCACCAUCGUGUUUUCCGAAAUUGGCUUUCAACCUUCCCGUCCUCCAGCUUCGGUGUAG